UUCGUCUUUCAGGACUGGGUGCCCUCCGUGCGCCCGGGCUCUCCCCGCUGCGGGGUGUGCGGGAGGGCGCUGGCGCACCUGGUGCAGGUGUACUGCCCGCUGGACGGGUCCCCCUUCCACCGCGUCGCCAACGUCUUUGCGUGUGCCGGGAGGGGCUGCUGGGGAGCGCCCCGGAGCUGGAAAGUGCUGCGCUCCCAGUAUUUGCAGGCACGAGGAGAGGAAACACAAGAUUACAGCGUAAAACAGAAACAAGAAUCGAACUUUGCUGCAAAGGAUUGGUGUGAUGAAGCAGAUGACUGGGGAGUCUGUGAUGUAACAGAACCUCCUGCGUGUGCCUCUCUUCAGGUGCUUGGCUUAAAUAAAGCGGUGAGCAGCUCCUUGUCCAGAGAGGUGGAGUGUGCAUCCCAGUUCCAACGGCUUCGCUUGUCUGAAGCUACGGAUGGCUCAGGUUCCCUGAAUACACAUCCUCCAGUCAGUGAGGGAAUGGUAAUGGCAACAUCUAGUUCAGCUCCUGUGUUCCAGCCCUUUUACAUUAGUGUUGUGGAUGAGGAAGACUACGCUGGUUUCCUUGAUACAGAUCAUGCAGAUAAGCUAUUGAAGGAGUAUCAGCAGAGAGAGGGUGUUGAUUUGGAACAGCUGAUGUCAGAAAGUUUUGCAGGUGAAGGUGAUAAUGAAAAAUACGAGAAGAGUGAAGUCAUAAGCAAGGACCACACAUUCCAUAAAUUUAUGAAAAGAAUAUCUGUGUGUCAUGAACAGAUUCUAAGAUACUCUUGGGGUGGCCAGCCUUUAUUCAUAACGUGUCCUCCAGCCAACAUUAACAAAGGUAUUCCAGCCUGCAGUAACUGUGGAAGCAACAGAAUAUUUGAAUUUCAACUCAUGCCAGCGCUGGUCAGCACGCUCCAGAGUGAUUCAGAUCUGUCAGUGGAAUUUGGAACUGUUAUAGUUUACACAUGUGAGAGAAGCUGUUGGCCAACAAAUCAUCAAACCCCUCUUGAAGAAUUUAUUUUUGUACAAGAAGACCCGGAUCAGAGAUUGUUUAAAUAAAUUGUAUUUCUCCGCAUAGAUGGAAA